AUGAGGUCUAGACUUUUUUACCACUCCUUGUUCCUGCACAUUAGCCUCGUGCCUAUAAUCCUCCUCUUUCUGGCCACAGCGGUCGCCGGCGACGACGACGACGAUGAGGGCGGCAGCGGCACCAAGAUAACGGCUGCCUUCACGGAGCCAGCGACGGGGAUCCCCAUGCAGCGGUUCUUCGGAGCCAAGUCUGGGUUCGGGUUCGCCAUGGCGCUUCCCGACACGGCGGCCGCCGGCAACGCGUCGUCGUCCUUCAUCGGCCAGCUGACGUUCCCACUGGUCAACGGCGCGGGCUGGGGCGGGUGGUCGCUGACGGGCGACAUGGAGGGCCCGCUGCUGAUGGCGGCGUGGGCCAACGCGGCCGGGACGGGCGUGGUGUCGUCGUUCCGGCAGGCGCGCAACGAGGACGACAACCCGCCCGAGGUGACGGGGACCUUCGUCGCCCGCCCCAUCGCGGACGGCACGGCCGUCAACGCCUCGUUCCUGACCUAUACGUUCCUGUGCGAGGGGUGCCUCGGGGCGGGGCUGGGGCUCGACGCCGCGGCCGCGACUGCGACGGUCGAGAUGGGCUGGGCGCUGGGCAGCAAGGCCGUGGGCAACCCCGGGUCGCCGGCCGCCGUGCUCAACUUCCACGAUGUCGGGUUCGGCGGGUUCCAGGCGCAGCUGGGGCUCGCGAAGGUGCCGCAGGCCGACUUCGACCGGGUCGCGGCGCUGGCGGGCGCGCCGGUUCAACCCGCCACUGGGGCAGUGCCGUUCAAUUCUGCGGCUGGUGGUGAUGGCGGCGGGGACGACAGCGAUGACGAGGAAGAGGACGACGAUGAUGAUUGA